GCAUUAUAAUGUAGCAUUGAAAAUCCUUGUCAUUGUCAAAAAUAUCAAUAUGGCGUCAUUUAUUUCUUGAACGAAGCGUAAAGUUGUCUUUUGGAACGCAGUGCUAAAAAUAUUAUUUUGUUGGAACGCGACCGUAAUUUAUUCGGAGCUGGUCCCAGAAAUGGAGCACUCUGUUAAUUUACAAGAUCUCGUAAAACAUAUCGUAAAUGGUACAUUGGAACAUAACAUUUGCCUAAUAUGUCUGAUGCCGCUGAGAGAUGGUUACCAAAAUAUUCAUUCUAGGAUUUGUAAAGACGGCAAGACUUACAGCAUAGCAGAUGCUUUAAAUCAAGUUUGUAAUGUAAAGAUAUCAAAUGUGGAUGAAUACAGAAUAUGUUCCAACUGUUUCGUGUGUGCUACACAGGCCUAUAAGUUUUAUCUGACCUCACGGAGAAGUCAACAAGUUGUAAACUUUUAUGUUAACGAAAUCAACAAUCAACUACAAUCAAACAUCCUACAGGACUUCACUUCUGACUCAUUGUGCAUAACUCUGCCUAUAAUAUCACUGAGUAACAUAGAAACAACUAUCAAUAGUUCUUUGUUAAAUAGUUUCCAAACAAAAAGUGAAAUUUACAACUUAGGCAAAUCAAACACUGUAAAGAAAGAUGAAAAACAAAUAGAUGUUAAAUGGGAAGAUGAUUUAGUUAUGUUACUAAAUGAAAACGGUGCACCAGAGUUCUAUAGGCCUCAAAAAGAUGGAAGUUUGAUACUUAUAGAUAAUAAAAGUGUUAAGUUAAAAGAUUACUUGAAAAAGUUUCCAGAAUCUAAAGAGUUGAAUCUCCUAUCAUCUCACAGUAACAAAUUAGAUUCCAAUUUGACAGAUUCCAAUGUUAAAAAGAAGAGAGGCAGGAAACGGAAUCCAAUGGAAUACAAAUGUUGUAGCAAAUGCCCUGUGAGGUACAGAUUUGUUAGUAAAUUGAAGGAGCAUAUGAAGGAAGAACAUGGGAUUGAUCUUUUUGUUUGUCAGGUCUGCCAAGCAAUAAUAGAGGACGAGAGCGAGUUCACCAAGCACCUGCAGAGCCACACAGGCAUCCACACGUGCGCCACAUGCAACAUGGUGUUCAAGAAGCGCGACACCAUCAUAGCGCACUUCAAGUGGCACGAGGAGGUGAAGGCAAUCGCCGAGUCGGACGGCGCGCACGUUUGCGAAGUCUGCGGAUUGUUCUUCAAAGAUGAAGAGUAUUUAAAGGAGCACCACGACAAGAAGCACGUGAAGAAGUUCACAUGCUACUAUUGCGGCAGGAUGUACAAGGGGGAGAUCAGCUUCGACCUGCACAUCAAGAAACACGAGAUGAACAACGAUGUCCGACAAAACGCAAGCAAACGCAAGUGCACGCCGGCGGCGCGGGCGCGCGCGCACACUUGCGCGGCGUGCGGGAAGCACUUCGUGGACGAGCGCGCGCUGCUGUGGCACGAGCGCCUGCACACCAACGAGCGGCCCUACGUCUGCGAUGUGUGCGGGCGCGGCUUCGUGUCGCUGAACAGACGCAACCAGCACGCGGUGUGCGCGCACACGGCGCCCGCGCGCCGCUGCCCGCUGUGUCCCGCGCUCUUCCAUCUGCGCUCUAUGGUCAACACGCAUAUCAAAAAGGUCCAUCUGAAGGCGCACAAACGUCCCACCAGAACCAGCAAACACCAAAACGUGUUUUGGAAAACUGAAACUGUGCCCAUACAAGAGUUGAGCGUCUCCAUACAAAACGAUAUCCUGGAGCUGCAAGCCGCGCAAACUGAAGCCAAGCAAACCAAAUGGUGACUCCAGACGAUGUGGCUACUUUUAGCAUAACUUUUAAAUCCUUAGAUACUUUUGUUAAGUUCCACAAUGAAGUCUAAUCUAAAGAUGAAUUUUAUAUUGAGGGAUAAUAAAAUACUGAUAUCUGUUCUGUAUAUAUAUUUUAUUCCUUUUUUUAUUUCAAUUUUUUUAAGAUAUAUUUUUUUAAUAUACAUAUAUAUAUAAUUAUCAUGAAUUGGCUAUUUAUAUACAACUUACAAAAUAUCAAGAAGGUUCCUUAGCAAGAGCUACAUUUUGAGUCUUAUUACCUAGGUGGAAUAUUUUUUUGUUAACAAUUAACUAUUUAUCGUGAUUUCUUUUAAAUCUUUUCAAAAUAUAAAUGACAUUGAACAAAAAUUAGUUGUCUUUAAUAAAAAACAGGUUUGAUGUACAAAUUUCAGGUUAUCUUUACUAAUAAUAUAAGGGCUGAAGUUUUGUACAAAAAAAGGUCUUUUAUUGUUUUCUAUAUCCUCACAAGAACUUGUUUUUUAAUUUUAAGUAAAAAAAUUAAAGGUAUUUUUAUGUGUUUUGCACAAACGGAAAUUUGAUAUGUAUGUAUUGUUUAGAUAAUAUAUUUCAGUACUAUGAUAGAAGCUAACAGUAGUCACUACAAUGCACUCAAUCAUCACAUUCAUUAUCAUAUCAACCGAUGGACGUCCACUCCACAAAGGGCUUUUGUAGGGACUUAAAAACAUCACGAUCCUGAGCCACCUUCUCUACGACUCGCUUGAUUAUUUCUUAAUUAAUUAAUUAAUCAUCACAUUAACAAUAAAAAAUGUCAAAGCAAAAUGGACUUCAAUCCGUAGACAGAGUAUCUACUCUGUCUACAGAUUGAAGUCUAUUUUUUACUAAGUUCACACAAGUUUUCUAUCUAGAAACCUUGUGUGAACUUAGUGAAAAAUGAGACAUGUGCUUAACGACGGUCCAAAUAUGGUUGUUUGAGUACAAAAUUGCAGUACAAGUAGCAAGUACAGCUCGUGCGGAUUAACUUGACAUCUGGCUCGAAUUAAGUUUGUUUAGUUGUGUUCGAUAGUCAGAUGUCAAGUUAACGAACAAGUUAUAUCAGUUGACUUAGCAUAUAUUGGUGAAAAAUUUGUAGUAUUUUGGGAUGUCAAAAUCUGUUGUCUAAAGACUUUUUCUGUCUAUGCUUCAACCACUAAUGUCAAAAUCGGCUACCAUAAUAGACCGAGAGCCUGCAAGAGCCAGACAUAAUAAUGACUAAAAGUUUGUCAGUCUAUGCUUUUACUGUAUGAUAGCCAAUUAUAGAGUUUAGAGUUUAGACUGUUGUGGCGGUCCAGAUACUCAAUCGUCAAAGUAUAAAACAUAAUUUUUCGACAUUGAUGAUUUUCAUCUAGAGAAAUAUAGCUAACUAUUGGACCCGGUCAAGCUUCGCUUUGACUUCUUCCUUACCUACUCUACCCCUACCCUACAAAUGCUCCAUACAAAUUACCACCCCCCAUUUUAGGGAAGUGGGGGUUAGAAAGACAAAAGUAGCCUAUGUCACGCUCUUUCAAUUCGUCGUUCCGUUAUGCCAAGAAAGACGGACAAACAGACAUACACACUUUCACAUUUAUAAUAGUAUGGAUAUAGAUUAUAGAUAUAUGUUCACUAAGUCCACACAUAUAUGUCCUGGAUUUGUCCUGAAACCUUCGCCUUGGCCUUCCAUUUCAACAUUUCACUCUCCGCUCAAAUUCCGUAUGUAAUACUCCUUUCAUUCAUCCUGCCUAUGAGCUAAAAUCAUCAUCUUUUGAAGUGUCAGAUAAAAAUAAAUAAUUUAGAUAAAUGUGCAAUUAUGUUUUCGUUUUGAAUAACUUUGAUGCUAUCAUAAUCAUUCAAAUAGGCUUACUUUAAACUAAACGAGCACUUUCAAUAAUUAUUAAUUAUUGAAAGUGCUGGUAUAAAUAAAAAAUAAUUCUGUCAGUUAUUAAGGGUUUUCUAUAACCCAAAAUAGGAUGUUCGACCAAGAAUUGCCUGCAAGAAACUUAGUAGAGUUUGGCUAAUGAAAUUAGAGACUGAAAUCGAGUGGCAAUGGACAUACCCCAAAAUGGGCCUUUAUUAUUUAUAAUUUACAAGCGUGUUGAUAGUAUAUUUUACUGCUUAAAAAACAAUUUUCAGAAUUUUUGGAACCAGCAAAAUAUUUUUAUAUUUUUAUUUAUUUUAUAUAGAAAUAUUUUUUUUAAUUUCGCUUCCUUGUCAACAAAUUAAACAUAGACAAUACAAUAAAAACAGCCAAUGAUAAUAACUGGAAUUGAAUUAAUAUCCGGUGUAAGAUGUCAAUGUCAUGUAAUAUUGUCAAAUGUCAAUAUGACACAAGAAACAUUAAAUAGUAGACAGAGAAGCAUGCCAUAAAAAUAUCCAUAAAUUGCUUUAGAACCGCCUUAAAUCUUACCACAAUCUGUCAGGGUGCGAGUUACAUGCAUGUUGCCAUGAUAAAAAUUCUCAAUCAAUGUUGUCAGCUAAUGGAAAAAAAUACAUUUUAUUUAAUUAAUAAAAGUAAAAUGCGGGUUCCAAAAAGUUUUCAUUUUAGGUUUUAAGCCCUAUAUUUUAUGUUCUUUUAUGAUAAAAAUAAUUUGUUCUGCUUAGUUGAUACUCGGAAUAAAGGCCCAGCCUCCAUACAAAAUUGGGACAUGUCCUUUAAAACAAAAUGAAGGACGUUUUUAAAACAAUAGUGCAAGUAUUUAAAUAACUCAAGUUAAAUAAUUGCAAUUUAAUUUUAUUCAACAUAUAGUGAUGUUUUCACACAUAUGCGUUUUUUUAAAUAAAGAUUAGUAGAUAUUUUUUUGCCGGGCGUUUUCAAUAUCUACUUUCAUUAGCCAAACUCUAGUUUGUCUUAUACUAAAAUUUUGAAGAAAAAUAUUGUUUCCAGUUUUUUUGAAGAUAUAUUUAUGUUAUAUAGAGGAAAGGAUUAAAAGAAAUCACGAUAUAAAAUAAUAUAAUACAGAUUUAUUCUCAAUAUCCCAACACACACUCAUAUAUAGAAUUGUAUAAAUAAUAAUUGAGUUGAAUUUGAUUGAUUGUUUAUUUGCACCAUUUUUAAUUAUUAAAAAAUUAUAUAUUUUAAAUCAUGUGUAAUAAAGAAUAAAAUACA